AUGCUGCGUGCAGAGGAGUCGUUGCUCGUGCUGCGUGGGUUGGGUAUUCAGACGUCGAGCUCGUCGCCUACGUAUCUUUCGACGGCGACGACGCGCUUUAUUCCUACGGCGUCUAUACAGGACAUCUUCAUACACGAGGCGUUCAAGGGGUUUGAAGUUAGGUUUUAUUUGGCUAUUGUGGUGGAAGGGGAGGAAGAUGCUGUGGUGGUCUUCCCCAAGCUGUUGCCGAGGCGCCCCAUCCUCGAGGAAGUCUGGCGCGGCGCGAGGGCCUGUCUAUAUGAGCCCAAGAGCUGA